AUGGCCGAGAAGGACGGCAUCACCGAAACCAAAGGGAAUGAUCUCUGGGUGGAGAAUCUUGCAGAGAACCACGAUGUCGAUGACCACGGUGACCCCCUGAAGAAGGCCGAGGAUGCCGACUUGGGUGCCAACCUGAUGGCCUCGGGUCACGUCCAGAUCACCCAGGCUGAGCUUGAGGAGCUCGAAUCCAAGUUGCCCGAGAUGCCCGCAGAGGAGGCCAGAAAGGUCCUUGACGAGAUCUACACUGUUCACCAGCACGACCCUCGUUACGACCCCCAGACCCUCGAGCGCAUUCGCAUGUUCCUCUUCGACCCAGAGAUCCUUGCCAACCCAGAGCUCUACAAGGAACUCAUCUUCGAAAUGCGGAUCUUUGCUCUCCUCACCACCACUUCGUCCGCCUACCCUGAAGUCCGUGCUGUUGCCACCAACACCGACGACCCCACCUUGCCCACCCUCACCAUUCGCGUGUGGAUUAUCGGCACUUUCUUCUCGGCCAUUGGAUGCGUUAUUAAUUCCAUCUUCUCCUUGCGUUACCCGUCGGUUGCCAUCGGACAAAACGUGGUUCAACUUAUCGCUUACCCAUGCGGCCUGGCAAUGGCCAAGUGGUUGCCGAAGAAGACUAUUCUCGGUGUCAACCUCAACCCCGGACCGUUCAACAAGAAGGAGCACAUGCUUAUUGUCAUCAUGAGUGGACUGGGCAUGUCCUGGCCGCCGCUUCAGCAUCUUGUCUUUGUCCAGGCAAUGCCCCAGUACUAUAACAUGGAGUGGGCCCGCAAGCCCGGUUACCAGUUCCUCGGUUCCCUGGGAACGAACAUGAUCGGUUUUGGAUUUGCUGGCCUCACCCGUCGCUUCCUCGUCUACCCAUCGUACUGUGUCUGGCCAUUCUCGCUGUCCACCAUUGCGCUCAACAACGCCCUCCACGACCACGGCAGCAAAUCGUCCUACAUCCCCGGUCCGUUUGGCACCCGCUGGAAGGCGAGCAUGUACAAGUGCUUCUGGGUCGUUUUUAUCGCCUAUUUCGUCUAUUACUUCUUCCCGGGCUACAUGUUCCCCAACCUCACCAUCUUCGACUGGAUGUCCUGGAUCAAGCCUACCAACGGCAAGCUUGUGGCGAUCACUUCCCUCAACUUUGGUGUCGGCUUGGGCUUCAACCCCUUCCCCACGUUCGACUACAACUACCUUGCCAACCCAGGAGGCUACUACCCCAUGUUUGUCCACUACAACUUCCUGGCUGGCCUCACAGUUGCGCUCCUUCUUUCCAUCAUCUUCUAUUAUCGUAACGCUUGGAACACCGGAUACCUCAUGAUCGCCUCUCCCAGCACCUUCGACAACAAGGGCAACAGCUACAAGGUCACCAGUGUCACCGACUCGAUGGGCAGGAUCAUCGAGGAGAAGUACCAACAGUACUCUGAGCCGUACAUGAGCGCUACCCGCAUCGUUUCCUUUAUCGGAAGCUUUGCCUACACCACUGGUACCCUCACUCACACACUCCUCUACAACCGCCACGAGCUCAAGAUGGGCUGGGGUAGCCUGUGGAAGGACUUCAAACGCUUCGUCUGCAGGAUCCGUGGCCAAGACGUGGGCGAGGAGGACGAUGUCCACUUUGGUGACGACAUUCACUACCGUCUCAUGCAGGCGUACCCCGAGGUCCCCGAGUGGUGGUUUACUAUCGUCGCCGUCGUGUUCAUGAUUCUCAGCAUGGUCUGUCUGGGCGUUUACACCGACGUAAACCCUGCGGUCGUCCUCAUGGCUCCCGCAAUGACCAUCAUCUUCGUUAUUCCUAUUGGCAUCGUGACGGCUGUGUCGGGCAUCGAGCCCUCUCUCAACACAAUAGCCGAAAUAAUCGGCGGCGCAGCAGCUGGCGGAGACACCAUGACGGUCCAGUUCUUCCGCAUGUUUGGUUCAGAGCCGGCCUACCACGCGUUGAUCUACUCCAACGACCUCAAGCUCUCGCAUUACGUCAAGAUCCCACCUCGCGACAUGUUCUGGGUCCAGAUGUGGGGUGGCCUCAUCGGCACCAUGGUCACUGUGGGCCAGUGGAACUGGCUCAUGGACCUCCCGGGAGUGUGUACACCCGACGCUCCAUUCAGGCUCAUCUGUCCUGGAAUCCAGGGCGACUUCUCCAACUUCGUGUUCUGGGGUACCCUGGGUGCCAAGCGCAUGUUCGGCCCCGGAUCCAAGUACUCGAUUCUGCUCAUUGGCUUCCCGCUCGGUGUCGCUAUCCCCAUCAUCAUCUUCCUCCUCAAGAAGAAGUUCAAGAAGAGCGAGAUCCUCCAGUCGUGCCACCCACUUCUCCUCAUUCUUUCGUUCGCUUGGGGCGGACACUGGGGCGCGUACAUCCCCGGUAUCUUCAUCAACCUGUUCUCGUGGAACUACCUCAAGCGCAACUACCUCGAGUUCUGGACUCGAUACAACUACGUUACCCUCGCAGCCCUUGGCGGAGCGAUUUCCAUCAAUGCGCUCCUCGUCUUCUGGGCGCUCGUUUUCCCCAACAUCGCCUUCCCCACUUGGUGGGGCAACCCCGAUGCCCAGCCUGGUUGCAUCGGUGGCUGGAACAACGCAGACUGCGCGCCGUUCAAGAUUCCCGACAUUGGAUACUUUGGCCCGGCUCCGGGCAACCUCAACUAG